AUAUUUUCAGAUGUCAGUAGGUUUCACUUCUCACUAACACAGGAAGCCAAAGCUGCUGAUGAAUCAAAGGCAGAGAAGCAGCUUAUUCAGGAGCUGACUUUCAACUUGACAAAAAUACUGCAGCAAUUAAGUAUUUGGUACUUGGGACCCAGGAAAAUGCUCCCACCGGUGAUAGUGGUGCUCAUGCUCAUCUCCUUCACCUGUGGAGAAAAUCCUGCAGUACAAGUCAUCUUGACUAAUAAAGGACUUCAGUACGCAAAGCAUGUAGGUGCCGGAUGGAUUCAGGAGAGGUUGGAUCGUGUCACCCUCCCUGACAUUAGUGGUAAAAUCUUGGGCAGCAUAUACUACACAUUCUCCGGAGUGACCAUUACAAGGUGUGACUUUCCAGAGCCGUCGGUUGAGUUCUAUCAGAACGUCACAGGGUUCAAGUCCUCCAUCUCAGGCCUCAGUGUUGCAGUAAGCGGCAGGUGGAUGACACACUUUGGCCUAAUACAUGACGGGGGAUCAUUCGACAUGGCUAUAUUUAAUAUGGAUGUGAGCUCUGUGGUGGAGCUGGGGAAAGAUGCUGACGGGCAUCUGUCUGUCGCCAGUGUCCACUGUGAAGCUCAGGUUGGAAACGUGGACAUGCAAUUUCGCGGUGGAGCAAGUUGGAUCUUCCAGCCUUUUGUGGAGCAUUUCAAGGGCCGUAUCAAGGGUGAAAUAGAGGCCAGAGUUUGCCCUUAUGUGGAGGAGUCCAUUGUGAACUUGGAGUACCACCUACAGGCCAUGAAAGUUUCUCUGAAUGUGGAUGAAAACUUUACUUUUGACCUCCCUCUCACCGGCAUACCCCUCAUCAAUGCUUCAAGUAUGAAUCUAGGUCUUAAGGGAGAGUUCUACGAUAUCCAAACCCAUACAGAACCUCCCUUUGAGGCGCAGCCUUUCAGCGUACCCGAGCAGCCGGGCUACAUGCUGUCAGUGGGCCUGUCUGAGUUCACUCUGAACUCUGCCUCGUAUGUUUUCUACUCAGCUGGCCUGCUUCAGGUCCUCAUCACCGACAGCAUGAUACCUCCAUACUUCCAUGUGCACCUGAACACCAGCUGGAUGGGGCCUUACAUUCCUCAGCUUCCCAAGAUGUUUCCCGGACUUCUGAUGACUCUGCAGAUUUAUGCCAGAGAAGUGCCAAUGUUUUCCUUCCAGCCGGGUGUUGUUCAAAUGGGUUUUCAGGGCGCUGUUAAGGCCUUCGCCAUCCAACCAAAUGGUACCCAGACCCCGCUGUUCAAACUCAAUGUUGACUCCAAACUCAGCGGUAAAGUGUGGCUCGCUGGAGGCAGACUGAAGGGCUCCGUGACACUGGAGAACUUUACGGUGACGCUGGCGGCGAGUGAAGUGGGAACCUUUGAGACCGACGUAUUGGAACACUUAAUGAAGGCAGGAAUGAUGUUAGCUGUGGGAAAACUGAACGUGGAACUGGGCAAAGGUGUUGUUUUACCCAGAAUGAUGCACGCACAGCUGAUCAACACAGUCCUGGGGAUUGAAAAGGGAUUCAUAACCAUCUCUUCCGAUGCUCAGGUGGUGCUGACAGACAGAGGCUUCAACUGACAAACAAAGUGGUGUGUUUAACGCACAAAUCAGGGACGCUCUUCAUUCAAUUGAGUUCAAAUACUUCAAACUUUCAGCCAGUGAACAAACUGGAUGUGUCGAUAUCUGACACGUCACGAUAGAAGUGUGUUCUGGACUGUAAAUGAUUAACAAGCCUUGCUGCAGUACAUCAUCACAAUAUACACACCUACAGGAUUAAUGUCCAAUUAACAGUUGCAGUUCUUCUUUAUGAAUUAAGUUUGAAACAAUGUAUUAAAAUUAUAUUUUUGCAUUCUGA